AUGCAGCUGGCGGAGGGUCAGCGAUACCCCACCACUUUCAGCUGGCUUUACGAGAAGCCGCAGUGCUUGGACUACGUCCACCACCAGGGCACCUGCGGGUGUUGCUACAUGUUCGCGGCCCUGGACUCCUUGUCGGACCGGCACUGCAUCGACACCACCAAGGCCUCCAGCCUCGGUGUGGUGGAGCACCUCUCGGUGCAGAUGGCCUUGCUUUGCGAGCCCCUAGGCCGGCAGUGCGCCGGCGGCUGGGCAGAUGUGGGCUUCAACUACACCGUGUACCACGGGCUCCAACCCGCCUCCCUGUGGCCCUACGAGCGCAGCUGCCUCUCCGACUCCGAGUGUCAGUUCGGCAAGCAGUGCUUUUCGCCCUCCAGCUACGCGUGCCCGGGCUUCUUCGCCCAGGACGAGCUGGACGAGGUCUCCACCUUCAGCGAUGCCCUGCGCGUGGCGAAGUCCAAGUGCGAAAGCUCGAACCUCGAGGACCCCGACAACUGCAAGGUCUGGGCCGAGACGAUGUUCGCCUACUCGCCCACCAUGGUCUUCAUGCCGGAGACCUGCUUCUGUGCGGAGCUGGAAGACGACUGGGCCAAGUUCACGCGAAAGGACUCCGAGCCGCCUUGCGACCGGAGGUCUGGUCAUAUGGAUGGCAGCGGGGUGCCAUCCAUUCUCAUGGAGGGCCAAGCGCAGAAGAAGGACGACAAGGAAGAGGGGUUCAACUUCUUCACGUGGCUCUUCGGACUCUUCGGUGGAGGUGGGGAGAAGGACAAGGAGUCAGAGAAGAAGGAGGCCGAGGUUUGGGACUCCAACAUCCCAGGCGGUAAGUGGAGCGCCGAUGACAAGGAUGGCGCCUCCGGGACAACCAGAACCACCACCACCGUGGAGAGCAGUGCAACCGGGACCGGUGCCUUAGCGAGGCACAGCCCCACAAGUCCACCAGGUAUCACUACAUCAUCAACCACAAGGAUGUCUUCAAGAUGGAGAUCUACAACGACGGCCCCUUCUACACCAGCUUUUAUGUCUAUGAGGACUUCACCUGGUUCUUCCAGUUCUGGCCAGAGCAGGCCUACAACUACCAGUGGGGCAGCAUGCAGGGCGGCCAUGCCGUGGUGCUCAUCGGCUGGGAGAGCAGCUGCACCUACCACGGGGACGACCGCAUCGCCAUUCCGGGCUCCGACGAUCCGGUGA